AUGGCCGACUCCAAGCAGGCCCUCGUUGGCGCCCCUUCAUGGGUCGCACAGCUCGAGUCCCCUCUUCAGGCAAAGACAAAGCCCUCCAGCAUCCCCGACCCGCCAGGCUUCUCUGGAGGCUCUGGACAUAAGAAAGGUGGAAAGGACGCGAAGGAUAAGCUACGGAAACCGCCAACAGACGAAGAGAUGGACACGCUCAAGCUGAAGAAGGCCUGGGAAGUUGCGCUCGCGCCAAUCAAGGCUCUUCCGAUGACUGCUAUUAUGAUGUACAUGUCCGGAAACUCGCUUCAGAUUUUCAGCAUCAUGAUGGUCUUCAUGGCGUUCAAGAACCCUCUGAUGGGCCUGGUCAACACCAACCAGGCAUUCGAACGCUUCCAAAACGAGUCCAUCUCCGGGCAGAUGAUCCAAGUCAAGCUUGUAUAUAUUGCGUGCCAGCUGGUGGCGCUGGCUGUAGGUGUUUGGAAGGUUAAUGCCAUGGGUCUUUUACCAACAACGACAUCGGACUGGUUAAUGUGGGAGGCCCAAAGGAACUCUAUCGACUUCUCUACCACGGCUUUAUAA